AUGGACUCGGUCAAUCUAAUUGAUGUUGCAGAGCCGUUCAACCAUGAAAUAUGGGAAAAUAGUGAAUUAGAGUUGGUAAAGAAUCUCUUUGGAUCUUCUUGUCUUGAUGAAGAAUUAGCAUGCUUAUCUAACUUUAGCGGCUACAGUACAAGCAAUCUGGGUAACCCUGUUGAUAAGAUUAUGCAAUCUUACUCAAAUAAUGGUAUAGUGGAAUCUUCAUUCGGGGUGAAUGAUUGUCAGAAUGAAAGCUAUGGAAGUGGAAGCCAAAAUUUGAAAUUUCCCUCCGACUGUGAACUGCACAAAGCACUUGGUCAAAUCCUACUGAACCAUAGGGAUCUGAAUUUGUCAGAUGAUAGUGCAGCUGCAAGCUCUAUUUUCAAAGAAGAUAUUAUCAACAUCGAUGCCCCUUCAGCUUGCAAAUAUGGCACAAGCUAUCUAAACAAGACAAGAGCAUCUCAUGCAUGCCGUUCUAGACAGUGGAACAAAGGUGCCUUGACAGAAGACAAUCAGGUUAAAUUGAGUUGUGUGACCUCAGCAUUCAGUAGGGACAAGAAUUCUGCACUGAAAGUAAGACCUAAGAAAAAUGGGAAUGUUCCCAUCCGCUCCACAAAAGGCUCAAAGUUUACUGAUGCAAACAAACAGAGAGCACGAUCUGGUGAGAAUCAGAAACCUAGACCAAGAGAUAGGCAGCUGAUUCAAGAUCGGAUCAAAGAGUUGCGUGAACUUGUCCCAAAUGGAACAAAAGUGAGUGAGAAGCUUUGUGUAAUGACCAUUAAGCACAUGCAAUUCUUGGCUCGCGUAACUGAUCAGGCAGAUAAAAUAGGGAAGCACGUUGUGAAGAAGGCAUGGAAUCAGAAGGAUAUAAAAUUACCCAAAGUUGAGAGCAACACACAAGAUGGGGCAAGUUGGGCUCUGGAAUUUGAAAAUGAGCAACAAACUUGCCCUAUAAUUGUGAAAGAUCUCGAAUGCCCAGGGCACAUGCUUAUAGAGAUGCUCUGCAAUGACCACGGCCGCUUUCUAGAAAUUGCUGAUGUUAUUCAUCGUUUGGAAUUGACUAUCUUGAAGGGUGCCAUGGAAAAGCGGCCCGAUGAAAGUGCCUGGGCUCACUUCAUUGUCGAGGUACAGAUUACCCACCUUACAAGCAUAUCCCUCUGUUUUUCUCCUAGAGCCAUGACGGAGUGA